GGCCAUGGAUUGGGGAUUUGUUCGAUUUUAUGGUGUUGUGUCGCGUGGCUGUUUCGCCAAAACCAGCUCAUGAUUUGGUGCCCGAUUUCUGAUUCUACUCGGACUGUGGAGUACAACCAAACCAAAGCAGGGUUCUACUGGAAUUGUUGAGUCCAGUUGGAGGAGACUUUGUCCGUCUUGGUAUACUGUUGCUCCGGGAUUCCACACCAAUAAAGCAGGCACCUCCCUGUUGUAUUUGUGGCAUACUGUUCCCGCUUGUUUCGCCACCUGCGAUUCGAUUCUGCAUGCUACAUUUCGUCGUCUGCUGAAGCGAUUGCCAUAUUUAGCUACGAGAUGGUGAAUCUUUCGCAGCAUCCUCUGCUGGCCUUGUCGUCUUCGUCGUCGUCUGCCUACGAACAUCAUAUACAAACAAAUCAUGGAUCUGUAUCUGUUGCAGUGUAUGGUGAUCAUGACAAGCCUGCUCUUGUUACUUAUCCAGAUGUUGCUUUAAAUCAUAUGUCUUGUUUCCAAGGAUUACUCUUCUGCCCUGAAGCUGCUUCACUGCUGCUUCACAAUUUUUGCAUUUACCAUAUCAGCCCCCCAGGACACGAGUUGGGAGCAGCUCCAAUUUCACCAAAAAGACCUGCACCAUCUGUUGAUGACUUGGCGGAUCAGGUUGCGGAUGUUCUUGAUUUCUUUGGAUUAGGUUCUGUUAUGUGCUUAGGUGCCACUGCGGGUGCUUACAUUCUUACUCUCUUUGCAGCAAAGUAUAGGGAGCGUGUAUUAGGUCUUGUACUUGUUUCACCCCUAUGUAGAGCCCCCACUUGGACUGAGUGGUUGUAUAGUAAGGUGGAGUCAAAUUUGUUGUAUUACUAUGGGAUGUGUGGGUUGGUCAAGGAAAGCUUACUGCAGCGGUUCUUCAGCAAGGAAGUAAGGGGAUGCUCUGAGUCACCUGAAUCAGAUAUAGUGCAGGCUUGUAGAAGUUUGCUAGAUCAGCGGCAGAGCAUGAACGUGUGGCAGUUUGUACAGACAAUGAACGGGAGAUAUGAUUUGACGGAAGAGCUGAAGCAGCUUCAGUGUAGAACCCUUAUUUUUGUUGGCGAGAAUUCUCAGUUCCACGCGGAGGCUGUUCACAUGACAGCAAAGCUCGAUAGGAGAUAUUGUGCUCUAGUUGAGGUGCAAGCAUGCGGGUCACUCGUGACGGAGGAGCAACCUCAUGCAAUGCUUAUACCGAUGGAGUACUUCUUCAUGGGGUACGGCCUCUACAAGCCAAGCCAGCUCGACUGCAGCCCGCGCAGCCCCCUGAGCCCAUCUUGUAUAUCGCCGGAGCUCCUUUCGCCUGAGAGCAUGGGAGUAAAGCUAAAGCCAAUCAAGACACGAGCGCGGCUUCAAGUGUAGAGCAAGUGAAUAAGGGCGGCAUAGGUGUUUGCCAUUUAGGGUGAAAUUUUUAGGCUAACAUGUGGAUCGGUGAGAUAUUUGUGUUAAUACUGUUAUAUGUAGAUAAGAAAUGACAGGUUGGGUAGGUUAGUGGUAUUCUAUUCCAUUCCAUUGAUUUUUAUCCUGUAAAUUGUUAUACUCCACUUGCUACAUUGUCGAUUAAAGCAAAAGGGAAAUAAUAGGGAAA